AUGAAAAAGACGCAAAGUUAUUUGUCGCUUGCCCUGCUCAGCAAAAACCCGUGCGAGGAAAAAUCGCUGUACAAAAAGCUAGAGGAUAUUGAUAAAAUGAAAAACAAGAUCCUACGACAAUCAGCCGCCAAAAUGACCAACUUUGCUAUCCAGCACUUGUACAUCGCAAAAUAUUACGAUGCCAAAAAUGGGGAACAGUGUCGCCCGCCACUAAAAGUCGCCCAGCAAAGUGUUGGCACCUUACCACGCUUGACACCACUGAGGAAACAAUCUGAACAAUCACUGCGUCAAGUGGUUAGAAAAAGUACUUCCCUGCCGGAGACUUUUGACGGCAAAGAUUGCGCAACUUCGAAUUCAAGGCCGACAUUUCGCCUGAGCAUGUCGGACAAGUCGCUAUCUCUGUCCGAAUUGAAUUCAGUUGGUGAAAAGGUGAAGUCGUCGAUUACGACUCAAGAUGGCGAAAUUACUGAAGAGAAGCCUAAAAGUGCCACCGCAGAUGUAACAGAGGCCAGGUGGGCUGGCCGCAGGUUUUCUGAAGCUUCUUCUCCGAAGAGUAACAUUUUGGAUAAUGUUGCGCAACCUGCAGAGAACAUUCCAGGAAAGUUUCAUGCUUGGACCGAGAAAGAGAAUGAAGAGAAGACAUCACCCACUACAGUCAUCAAUGGCAACUCUGGGCUCAAGCCAAAGUAUCGUAGAAGCCUUUCGCAGUCCUGCGUUGCUCCCUCAAAAGUUCUCCGCCGGCAGGCGCAACAGGGAGAUUUAGCAGUAGGAGAAGGGUUUGGAAAGGAAAUCGAAAAAGGAAAUGAGCCAAAAGAUGAAAGAAAAUUGAGCGGAAUCCGUUAUAGAGAGGCAGUUCAGGACAGAAGACGAUUGCAGAGACGAGUCACUGUGGCGAGCGAAGCACCUUCCAUAACUAGAGAAGUAUGUCGUUGGCAGCAAACAGUAAAACUAGUCAAAGAUUUGCCGAAAAACGAACAGGCAGAAAUCUUCAGGGGUGCUUGUUUCUUAAGAAUGGCCCUACCC